GAACAAAACAAAAACAAGCAAUGAUCAAUUAGUUCGAAAUCAAUUAACUGUGUUAAUGAAAAGUGCAAAGUGUGCAAGUGUCUAAUUUUUCGAGCGCGUAAAGUAAACAAUCGAUGUACUUAAAAAUCCGGCGCGAUUAUGUGUGUGUCUAUAAGCAUUCAAACACUCGUACAAAAAAAAAGAAGAAUGAUCGAUUACUUCACGCGCAAUGAAUAUUAAUUUCAAUGGCUUAGUGGAGUCCGAGUCUCCGACGAGUUUACAAUUAAAUUGAAAAUCGCCGCGCACGUUGUUAUCAGAUGUCCAAGAUACUUUAAAGAAAUAAGACCAUUACUUAAGUCAUCUUAAAUAUUACGAGCGGUCAGUCUCGAUCGACUGCGAGCGACACGAAUACUUUUUACCGGAACCGAAUUCUUGCUGACGUCGAACGAAAGUAUAAUGGACGCGAGUGUCACCGGAGGAAGUUUGGGGGGCAGAAAAUAUUAUUUCGAUGUUGUCGAUUAUUCCGUCUUCGGGGCAAUGCUGCUGCUCUCGGCGAUGACUGGAUUAUAUUAUGGCUGCAGAAGUCGCUACUGCAAAACGGGAGAGGAAGCCACGCUGCGGGAGUACCUAACCGGAAGCGGAAACAUGAAACCGUUUCCUGUUGCCAUGUCGUUGAUUGCUAGUUAUAUUUCAGGUGUCACAAUUUUAGGCACCCCGGCGGAGAUUUACAACUUCGGAACUCAAUAUUGGGUGAUCUGCUUUUCAGUAUUAUUGAGCGGCAUUGUGAUAGCCAUCGUGUACUUGCCAGUAUUCUGCAAGCUGCAAGUUAAUUCUUCUUACGAGUAUUUGGAGCUAAGAUUCAGCAGGUCGGUCAGAAGUUUGGCUUCCACGCUGUUCUUAAUUGAUGAGGUAAUGUUUCUGCCGAUACUCAUUUACGUACCAUCUUUGGCUUUUAAUCAAGUGUCCGGUAUUAAUAUACACUUGGUUGGUACUAUAGUAUGCAUUGUGUGUAUCUUCUACACUGUUUUGGGAGGACUUAAAGCGGUAGUUUGGACGGACACUUGGCAAAUUAUUGUUAUGUUCAUAUCCGUGGUAGUUGUGGUUAUACUGGGCAGUAUAUCAGUGGGUGGUGUUACUGAGAUAUUCAACAGGAACGAGCAAGGCGGAAGACUGAUAUUUUUCAACGUGAAUCCCAGUUUAUACGAGAGGCAAAGUUUGUUCAGCGUCAUCAUCGGCGGUUUCGUCUAUUGGACAUCUUACAAUGCCGUCAAUCAAACGAUGGUGCAGCGUUACCUCUCUUUGCCAUCGGAAAAACAAACCCGGAUGUCCAUCGCAUUAUUCACAAUUGGCGUAAUGAUAUUUUUGACGAUCUGCUGCUAUAGUGGAUUAUUAAUAUACGCAACUUAUUACGACUGCGACCCUCUGUCAUCAGGGCGAAUUAAAGAUGAUGAUCAGUUAUUACCUUUAUUUGUGAUGGAAACUGUUGGACAUCUACGAGGUGUAUCCGGUCUUUUCAUUGCCGGAGUCUUUGGUGCUGCUUUGAGUUCGCUGUCCGUCAUUUUAAAUUCUACUUCGAUGGUGUUUUUAGAAGAUUUCAUCAAGUCCUGUUUGAGACUGCAUUUAUCCGAGAGAGUCGAAUCGAUUAUAGUGAAAAUAAUGGUGUUGAGUUUGGGAAUCGUUGCAGUUGGCUUCUUAUUCAUCGUGGAACACCUGGGUGGAGUUCUGGCGAUGGCGACAGCUUUGUCCGCAAUUGCAGCAGGAACAACGUUCGGAGUUUUCACUUUAGGAAUGCUGGUGCCGUUUGCUAAUAACAAAGGUGCUCUCAUCGGAGGCUUAGCUGGAGCUUUAAUGUCAGGAUGGGUGUCGUUUGGUGGCCAGUAUGCAUAUGCUGCAGGUUUAGUUGUACCCCACAAACUUCCAGUAUCUUUAGAUCAAUGCGAAGCUAAAUACGGAGUGAACGUGAACUAUACGGAACCAGUAUAUCCAAAUGAAUCUGAUAUUUUCCCGAUAUUCAGGCUUUCCUACCAUUGGAUCACUCCUAUCGGCGUAUUCACUGUAAUAGUUGUAGGUAUAAUUGUGAGUUUGAUAACUGGAAAAACUGAUGUUAGAACAAUAGAUCCUGACUUGAUUUCACCGGUGUCUCACUGGGCUUUGCCGGCCGAAGCCCAUCGAUUUGCAGGAUCUGCGGUGGCCAAGCUCAGGCGGAAAGGCCAAGACUACGACACUCUCAUGAAAGAGAUUACAGUGCAAAAUGUUGAGAACAAGGAAACCCCAUCAAUUUCCGUGAUUAACAGACGACGUAUUUAAGUGUACUUAAUUUUAUUAUUUUUUAUUAAUUGAUUAGAGAU